AUGCUCAAGUUCGUAAUAACCUUGUGUAUUUUGGCUGGAAUUUUUUUAAUUCCUAAUACAAAUGGUUUCUUUCUUUCAAAGAAAGAAAAAUGUGACGUAGCAGUUGUCAAAGGUGGUAAAGAUUUUAGUGGUGAAAAAAUAACGGCACAUAAAUUAUUCGUACCACAUUUAAAAGCAAUUGGUGCUGUAGCUAAAGAAUGCAAAGUAAAAGUUCAUGUUACUGAUUCAUUCAAACAAUUAAAAACUCCAAAUGAUUUUGUAUUAACAUCAGAAAUGCCAUUGGUUAUUGGACAUGGUAUUCGUUUUAAUUUACAAGAUCAAAAAGGAGGAACUUUAUGUAAUAAUUUAUGUAUGACAGCACGUUCAUGGAAAACACUUAGUGAAGCUAAUUGUUUUAUUACUGGUGUUCAAAAGAAAGGUAUUAAAUUUACAGAACCAAAUCUUUUAGAUGACGGUCAAGUUGGAAAAUUAAGUUCACCAGAUGCUGAAAAACUUAAAGUACAAAUACAAAAAUUAUGUGCACCAAAAACCAAAGCACCUAAAGGUUAA